UUUAAAUCAUUACUGCCAUAGAAGGAGUUGUGUUGCCUUAGUCGCAGGAUGCCUCGACGCAGUUCUUCUUUGUAUAUUCGCCAUCUCCCUGAUACAUGCAGACAUGACGACUUAAGACGCUGCUUUGGCCGUUAUGGCAGAAUUGUUGACGUAACAAUACCCCUCGAUUUCUUCACUGGAAGAAUGAAGGGUUACGCAUUUAUUGAGUUCGAGAAUCCUAGAGACGCUGAAGAUGCCCAUUACUACAUGGACCACACACGGUUCAUGGGUCGCGAUAUCGAAGUCGAGUUUACCCGAGGUUAUCGUAAAACUCCUGCGGAGAUGCGUCUCAAAGAAAGGCGAGACGAGCCUCACCGAGGUGGGAGAAAAUAUCGCUCUAGAUCCCGCUCCAGAUCUUACUCCAAUUCUAGGCAAAAAGGGGUCGAACCAUACUAUCGUGGUCGCCCUAACGACCGCCGAGAUGAUUCACGAAGGCGGAUGAAUAACGUGCGCCCCAAUCGGUCAGCAUCAAGAUCGAGGUCUCCCACCAGGUCGCGGUCGGCAAGUCAUGACGGCAUGGAUAAUGGCGAUGAAGUACGCAAAGGCAGUCGACGCAAUGAUCGCAGAGACAACCGUGCUGUCUCCAGAAGUCCUGCACAUAGGCGUGGUUCUUUAUCACGAUCUCGUUCCGGUUCAUAUUAAUGUAUAUUCAUCGAAUUCAACCAGUUCAUUCAUUUUGCAUUUUUAAUAAAUGUUUAUGUACACAUCCAAUAUGCGUAAUGUGCAA